AAAUUGUUGGGAAUCGCAGCAGUCGGCGUGCGGCGUAUACGACGAUUACCUAUAUAUCUAUAUACACGCGCAGAAAAAGAAAAUAAUUCGAGUGAAUUUGAUUCACCAGUCGCACCACGUAUGUGUGUAGUGUGUACACAGCAUAGGUUGAAAACACGCCCAAUGCGAAAUGUCUCAGUGGAGCGGAGCGACUGACAGACACACCGUAAUCGGCACGAUAGUGUCGUCGUCGUAAUAUUGUGCACGCGAAUCGUGAAAAGUUGCAGGCGCGAGUGAAAGGACUUUAACCUGCGUCGCGAGCUACCGCGGUGUUUUCUCCUUUCGCGGGGGGGACAAGAGAAAAAAAAAGAAAUCUGAUUGCGAUUGUUGAUUUCUCGAAUGUUGUUGCAACAACGCACACAGCCGUGAGCGCGCUUGUGUGGGUGUGCGCGUGUUGUGCGUGUGGGUGAAUUGCUUUAUCGCUGCGUCGAUUAUACAGCACCCGCGAGAGGUUGCGAGGUGCGCGAUAAUUACGAUCAACGGGGUGUACGGAUGAACGAUGCGAUUGUCGUCGACAAUUACGAGAGUCGAGAAUUCUUUUCUUAUCGAUGGUCAAAAGAACGAUGUUCGUGCGCGAUCCCUGCGGUAUCGUUUGCAUCGCUGUGACGUACAUCGCCGUUUUUUAUGCAGACUACGUCGUCGUCAGGUGGAUCAUACUCCACACGAUGCAAGAGAGUCUAUGGGGUGCAUUCCAUGCUGUCACCUUUAACACGGUGAUUCUGUUGCUCACCCUGGCUCACUUGAAAGCUGUGUGCAGUGAUCCCGGAGUCGUUCCAUUGCCCCAAACGAGAAUGGACUUUUCUGACAUUCAUACAGGAAGCUCUGGAGGAGACGAGAGCGAUGAGCGGGAUGACUGGACUGUAUGCACGAGGUGCGAAACUUACAGGCCACCCAGAGCUCAUCACUGCAGAAUUUGCAAGAGGUGCAUCAGACGAAUGGAUCAUCAUUGUCCAUGGAUAAAUAAUUGUGUUGGAGAAAGGAAUCAAAAGUAUUUCUUACAAUUCUUAGUAUAUGUAGGUGCUUUGUCUUUAUAUGCAAUAUGUUUGGUUCUUAUGUCUUGGAUGUUCGAUUGUCCAAACUGCAGUAAUGAUAUUACCAUUAAACAAACUCGUUUUUUACAUUGUGGGAUAUUAGUCCUAGAGUCAGUUUUAUUUGGAAUGUUUGUGAUAGCAAUUUUGGUAUACCAAUUUCAAGCUAUUUUUGAAGAUGAAACAGCCAUUGAUAAAAUACAAGGAAAUCGAAGUCAUACUAAACGUAAAAGUGCAUUUAAAUUAUUGGCGCAAGUAUGUGGUAAAAGUCAUCCUUUGUUGUGGCUGCUUCCUUGCCAGAGAACACCAAAAUAUUUCUACAGAAAAGAAGAUCCUCUGCUUGAUCAUCAAGUUUAAUCAACUCUAUAGAAUUUUUAAUUUGUUAUUUUUUUUUUAUACAUUCAGUUUUAAAAUAUUCCCAAUGAUGUUUACCACUAAGUAUUUUAUUAGAACAUUACAGAUUAAAUCAAAAAGUUGAGUUUAUGUGUAAAGAAUUAAAUUAAUUUAUAGAUUACUUUUAUACUAUAUUAAAAAAAACAGUAUUACCAAUAGAUCACCAUGAAAGAAAUAUUUUCUUUGAACUACUAAAAAAAUAAGAAAUCAAGAAAGCAGAAUCGUAUUUCUGAUGUAAAAAUUGAAUGCGCUUUAUUCAAGCAUUACUAUUUUCUUAAAUUUUUACCAAAAAAUAAUGUCAAGACAAAUAAGUUGCAAAGCUAUUCCAUCAUAUUUUAUAUAUCCUUAAAAACAGAGUUAAAAGUAACUCAUUUUCAAUUAUGAAAAUAAAAAAAGCAUCUUUUUCAAAGAUAAAUACUUUUUAAUU